AAGAGAGGAAUAUCUUCUAUAGUGAAGCUCUCUGAACACAAAACAGAAAUAUAGCAAAUUGCCGUGUAUGAAAUUUUAUUCUAACGUUAUCACUUGUUAUACUGUCAGCCGCAAUCUGAAGCCAGUGUAUCUUGAUAGGUAUGGUAGAAGAUAAAAAAUACCAGAUCGCAAGCCGUAUCGAGUGCGACGGAUACCGGGGUACAUUGAAAUACGUUGGACCUGUGGGUAAUACGAAAGGUCAGUGGUUAGGCAUAGAUUGGGACGAUUCGACUCGUGGCAAGCAUAAUGGUACAUAUGAAGGAAUAGAAUAUUUUCAAGCUAGGCAUUCAACAUCAGGUUCUUUUAUACGACCGGCCAAAGCUAAGUUUGGUAUAUCUUGUCCUCAAGCUAUCGAAAUGCGCUAUGGGCUAAUUGAUGAUGAUUUAGCAGGCAUAGAUAGGGAGGAAGUUUCAAAUUUGAAGAAGGAAAUCAAUGCACCAUUCUUAGAAUUGGUUGGUUUCUCCAAAGUGAAUAAGAAACAGAGUAAAUUUGAUCAAUUAAAAAUAGUAUGGCUAAGGGAACAGUGUGUAAGCAAUGCUGGGGAAUCAAAAGAAUUGGAAGAGUUGUGUCCAAAUUUGGAAGAACUGGAUAUAUCUAGAAAUUUAAUUAAUUCAUGGAAAAUUAUAGCAGACAUAUGCUCCCAGCUUCAUUCUCUUGCACGUCUUGAUGUUAGUGAGAAUCAUCUACCUGUUGAGGAGGAUGUGGUAGCAUUGAAAAACUCAUUUUCAACAGUUAAACACUUGACAAUAGCUAGAAUGAAUUAUAAUUGGUCUGAUAUCCAACAAUGUCUUUCCAUGUUUCCAUCAAUUGAAGAAUUAUCUGUUUCUUUUAAUAUUGUCACGACCAUAGAAGACAUACCGUUACGUACGAAUUUAAUUAAAAUAGUUACUUUAAUACUCGAAGGAAAUUUAAUAUCAAAUUCGGAUGAGAUACUUAAAUUAGGUUCUCUUCCAUGUUUAGAAUACCUCAAUCUGAAUUCAAAUAAAAUAGAUGGAAUUAGAUUUCCAUCUUCAACAUCGACUGACAAAACUGUACUUUUCCCCUCUUUACGGCAACUGCAUAUCUCUGAAAAUCACAUAUCAGAGUGGCAGUCAAUUAGUGAACUCGAUAAGCUACCAAAACUGGAAGAUCUAAAAUUUAGAGAAAAUCCCAUUUUGAAGAAUGAAAUUUCAGAGACUGCAAGACAGUUGGUAAUUGCUAGAAUAGCGAGAUUAAAAAUGUUAAACGGUACAGAGAUACUUUACGAUGAAAGGAGAGGUGCUGAGUAUGACUAUUUAAAAUUGUAUUUGCCAAAAUGGCAAGAAAACGAAAGUAAUACAGACAAAAGAACACUAUUUCUGAACGAACACCCGCGAUAUCCUAUUUUAGUAGACAAAUAUGGAAUCGCGGAUAUUCCCUCGGCUAAGCCAAAGGUAGAGAUGGUUUCGAAUGUGAUAACAGUGGAAUUUUUAUGCCCGGACGAUCCGCGUCAGCCCAGAGGAAUUAAAAGGAAGUUACUCAAAGACAUGGAGGUUCAGAAAAUGAUCGGAAUCGCUCAAAGACUCUUUAAAACUGGUGGCAAAAUACCUGCUCUUUCAUUUAUCCCGCGGAAUUUAUCAAACGAUGAGAUAUCGUUGGAUAAACCGCUACAAGAACUUAGUUACUACUCUAUACAAGAUGGCGAUCAGGUUCUUGUGAGGUGGUGAUAUUAAAUGAAUUAUUUAUAGAUAUGACUGUAUUUUCUACGCUGUUAAAAA